AUGGUGCUGCUCACCACUAAAUUCGUCCAGAGAGCAUCGCUCUUUGUGUCCUUUGGAGGUUUGGUCACAACGUUUAUUACAACCUUUCUACCACUAUGGAAGACAAUGAACUCAGACCUGAAUGAGAUGGAGAACUGGUAUGAGGGUCUUUGGCACAUGUGCAUCUACACGGAGGAAGUCGGCAUACACUGCAAAGAAUUUGAGUCUUUCUUGGCCCUACCACCAGAUACUCUAGCUGGACGGGUUCUCAUGUGCAUUUCCAUUGCAACAGGAUUUCUCGGAGUGGCCGCAGCAUUUUUCGGACUUGAGGGCGUCGAGAUCGGCGCUGGAUGGGAAAGAGUGAAGAGGACGCUCCUCAUCCUCGGUGGAGUGCUGAUCUGGGUGUCAGGGAUCACGACCCUUGCAGCUGUUUCAUUUAUGGCAUACGUAAUGGUAGUGAAAUUCUGGGAUGAGAAUUUACCUGAUGUGAUGCCCGGAUGGGAAUAUGGCGAGGCCAUGUUUUCUGGCUGGUUUGCUGGACUUCUUCUUGUUGUUGGGGGGUCAUUUCUCUUUGUCGCAGUCUGUAUGGGUGAUCAUGCAGCAAAACUCAAGCAAAAAAGUCAUAUUCUUGCUCGCAAUCAAGAACAGCGACCAAGAACUUACCAUUACCAAAAGACGGAAAUCGUGUAG